AUGAUGGAGAGAAACACAGAUUCUCGCCUCUUUUCUCGUUGCGCUGGAACCAGCCAAGGUCUCUGGCUACUCGCCUUGUUCUGGGCUUUGGUUUUGACUCCUGUAGGUUCAGAGAGAUUAAGGGGAGAGAAUGGGGAGAUUUCCUUGGCCAUCACCGUUCCACUUACCAACAAAGGCGAGCACCAACCAAAUCCCGGUUGGGUGUACAUGGCUGCUGCCUUACUGGCGGUGGAUCAUUUCAACGACAAGGAUCCUGCUGUCAUCAAAGAAUUAGGGCAGCCGGAACUUGCUGACUGUCCUUUCAAGUUUGUCAAUGUGUCCGUUGUGGAUACUGGGACAGAAAGCCACAUGGCCACGAAAUCACUCCUGCAAAGAAUCCAGGAUGUCGGUCCUGUGGAUGCUAUUGCAGGACCAUACAAUAAUCAGCCCGCACUGGAACUCAGCGUGUUGGCCACGGGAAUGGAAUCCCCAAUUGUGGCAUUUCGUGGCCUGGACCAGAGCCUUGUCCUUCCAGACAAACACCCUUUCUUCUCCCAGGUCUACCCUGAUCUAAAUGGGGAUAUGGAAUUCGUCGGGAAGUUUUUGGCUUAUACCAAUAGAACUGACUACAUUGCUAUACUUUAUAGCAACGAGGACACUGUCCUUCAAAGAGUGGAAGUGCUGCGACAGAUUUUGAGGCAAAUGGGAAUUUAUAAUGUCCUGACGUUCAGCUACCUGGGUGUCGAAAAGUCGGAAGAAGGGGAGGACCGUGGUGUUGAUGACGCCGUUCGUCGAAUCUCGCAAACUGGUUACAGAACAAUCAUAGUCAUGAUGACCAAUCCGGUGGUUGAUUUUGAACUUCUCGCGCCAGCUGCUCACAAAUACGAGCUGGACAUUGGGGGGCAUUUUUUCAUCAUGGUCGGAGGCCUGGAUCCUAGUUCUUCUGGAAAGGAUGACGUUUUAGUUCACUACAGAUACAGACCUGAAGGAAGACUUUUGCAGGGGAUGGCUUUUCUCUACAUUUGGGACAAUGAAUACGUGGACUCUGACGGCGACUUCCAAAGAACCAUUCGACAACAAAACAACAGUUUUUUUCAAAGGAUGGUGGAUCUCAAUCCAGUCCCGAACUAUUCCAGGUCUUUGUAUGAGAUUUUGUGCGAAGUCGACAGUGACCAAUGCGAUCCAGCGAACUUUUCGAUAGGCAGCUUGCUUCAAGUCCCGGACCUACCUGAUCAGGUUGGAUUUGCUUACGACGCGACCAUGGCUAUUGGCAUUGGAGCUUGCAGGGCCAUUGCCAACACUACCGAUUCCAAAUCCACUGCCAUGACGGGGGAGCAACAUUUGGAGGGUAUACAGUCUGUCGAUUUUAGUGGUAUCACAGGGAAGGUUGAAUUUCAAAAUCGUCCCGCAACUCCAGGCAGCCGCAAAGGCAGCUCAAUUUAUUAUGGCGUUUUGAACUUGAACCGUCGUGAUGCCAACGAUUCAGACUUGGCAGAAGGAACAUCAUACUUGGACCCCUUCACACAAGAAUGGGUAGAAUAUCUUCCAUUUGAAUAUGCCGGCGGAUCCAGCACACCACCAAAGCUACUGAGGAGCCACCCCGAGCAGAAUUUUUUGGAUCCGGCCGUCAGGGCUAUUGGACUGGCACUGAUGUCCCUAUCACUUGCUGCGGUUUUUGCUUCUGUUGUCUGGGUAAUGGCGAAUCGCAGUCACAUCGUUGUCACGGCUGCACAACCGCCUUUCCUCUAUGUGCUUUGCCUUGGGGCUGCACUAACGUCAAUGAUUGUUUUGACCCAAUCUUUUGAUGAGAGCUAUGGAUGGGAGGAAUCCAUGCUCAGCCGGGCUUGCUUAGCAAUGCCAUGGCUCGCUUGUCUUGGGGUUAUGGUUACAUACUCAGCUUUGUUCACGAAGCUAUGGAGGGUAAAUAAAGUCCUUCAAUUCAAGCGCCGGCAGAUAAAAGCAAGUCAGGUGAUGUGGCCAGCACUAUCCCUAUUUGUAAUAGCAGUGGUUCUCUUGAGUGCAUGGACAGCCACCACUGAUUUUGGCUGGGUGAGAGAAGAGAUUGAUGAACUAUCAGGUGAAUCAAUUGGGAGGUGCACAGGGACCAAUACAGCAAAGCUCUUGAUACCUGUGGAUCUCCUUGUGCUGAUUCCAGUGGUGCUGGCUGGUGUGAUGGCAUGGAAAACAAGUGAUGUGGAUGACAUGUACUCUGAGUCGAAGUGGAUUUUCUCGUUGAUUCUUGUGCAGCUGCAGGUCUUCAUCGUGGGAGCUCCCCUCAUUGUCAUUCUCAAUGAUGUCUCGACCACAGGCCGGUACAUUGGCCUUGCGUUGGUGGUGUGCACAUUUCCAUUGAGUACCAUGGGCCUUAUCUUUGUACCAAAGGCGCUUGCAGUGAGGAAAGCAAGCAGAGGAGGUAAUCGCGAGGAAACCAUGCGGGGGAGUUCUCCAGGCGUCCGGGUAACCGGGGUGAACUUGCCUUCAGGAGAGGUUGCGAGCACCAAAGGCGUUGAUUCUGGCGAUCAAUCAACACGCACUUCGCGGGAUACAUCAAAUCCAACAAGCACAGACCAUCGUGCCAGUUCGACGCGGAUCCAAACUGUAACGAUGGAAUAG